AUGAUCGAAAGCGAGACCUCACGUUCCGCAGUGACGCUGCCACCGGAGAUCUGGGCGGUCGUCAUCACCCAUCUUCGUCGACCUCUACCCUCGCCGACGGGAAUCAACAAACGCAGCUCCAUUCGCCAGCCAGACUUGUGUUCUGCGUGCAGGGUGAAUAAGAUGUUCAACAUCCUAACCGCCAAGAUCCUUUAUCGAGUCGUAAUUACCGACCACCUCCCAUCCCUCCUCUACGGCCUCGACGAUCCACCUGCCUCUCCAGGCCUCCCCUCCAAGCGAUACCUCCUACGGCGCAUCCACAAGCUGUAUCUCGAAUACUCCUCAAAGGAUGAACCCACAUAUCCCUCUCUAUUCCUCAACGGCGGCGCGUUCUUCACCCUCGUCGGCUCUAAUCCGCGCGAAGAGGCCGAGUUCCUCGGGGCCGAAAGCGACUGGCUCGGAGACGGGCUGGAGCGUCUACGAGAGAUGCUCCCUGACUCUCAGUCAGUGUCUACAGGUGUAUUUCUCGACGCUCAGACGGCUAUUCACAAGGCAGCAGACCGCUCGCAGACGCCUAUUCCCAACCAGGAACCGCGUCUGCUCAGAGCGCGGAUCAACAUCUCGGCGGUCGCGGGCUAUACGGAUAUCUGCCAGAGGGUCGCGGCGGGGCCUCUGGCCUUUGCCGCAAUCGCGGCUUUGGAUCCCAAUCCCACGCUCAGGCGCCCAAGCUUUACCGCCCACCUCGGCCCCGCAACGGGGACCCUACCGGUCGUACUCGGCGGAUAUGCUCGCUGGUACUUGUCGAACGAUACCAGCGAAACCGGUCCUGGUGGUCUCCAGCAAGCUUUAUACGAGCUGUACGCCUCAAUCGCACUGCACGCCGUAGAUCGGGUCCAAACAUGGCGUCAACUCGCUCAGCAGGUCCCGCCUUCUCAAAUGACCGACCCGCCCAUCCAAGUCGAUAUCUACCUCUCUGGACCACUCGCUACACCAGCCAUAUUUGCGGGUCUGGCGAAACAUGUCGGUCCCAAGACCCGACAGGUGUUCAAGCGGAUGGGCGUACCGGAAUCGCAGCACAAGAAGGACGUUUGGCGGUUUCAUCGCAUCGAGGAGGCGCCGACUUGUAAGGGGUGCUCGUGGAAUCCUGCGACGCAUCUACACAAAGAAGAAGCUUCUGCCUCCCCUUCGCAAAAUCACUCAACGUUGCGCCUCUCAAUCUUCAUCACCUUCUCUCUCCUCUCCUCAACCAUGAUGGACACCGAAAUCUCCGACAGGACAGUCACCCUGCCGCCGGAGAUCUUAGCGGUCAUUAUCAGUCAGCUCCGUCGACCACUCCCUCCUCCGACCGGCGACAACGAGCGGAGCAGUAUUCGUCAGCCAGACUUGGCGGUCUUGAUGUCCGUAAGCAAAAUAUUCAACGACCUUACUACACCCCUUCUCUACCGAAACGUCAUCUGCGACCACCUCCCUUCCCUCUUAUACGGCCUCGACGGCCCUCCUGCUACCCCAGACAUCUCCUCCAAGCGCCAACUCCUCGGCUGUAUCGAGGAGCUGUACCUCGAGUACUGCUCCAAAGACGAGCCCACGUAUCAUACUCUCCUUCGGAACGGCGGCGAUUUCUUCCUUCUUUUCGGUGCCACCCCUCACGAGCUGGCGGAAUUCGUCGGGGCGGAGUGCAGCUGGACUGCGGACGGGAUCGAGCAACUUCGGGACACCUUGCCCCUGAUGAGGGUCUGCUCAACUGGCGCCAUGCUCGACGCCCAAACGGACCUCCAAUCGGCGGCAAAGGAGGCGCAACCGCCUAUCGCCAAUCUGGAUCAGAACCAGCUGAGAUGUCGCACGCCCCUCUCAGGUCUGGUCCGCGACGCCUACUCAUGCCAGCGGACGGCUGGCGGGGCCCUCAGCUUUGCCGGUUUCUCCUCUAUCUCUCCCACCUCGGCAGUCGACGAGAACAUCCGCGCCAUCCACCUCGAUCCUGCGACUGGAUCCGUGCCUACCGUCAACGGCGGGAUCAGCCGCUGGUAUCUGCCGUACGAUUCCAGUACAGCAGAUCCCGGGCCCAAGUGGGGCGUCGCUGUGCUGUCUAAGGCCAUCGCAACACAUGCGGCAGCCAGGGCCUGGUCUUGGAGGUCCAUCUCCGCGCGAAUGCCUGAGCAUGCGGAUGCCGAUCCACCCAUCUGGGUCGAUGUCUACCUCUCGGGCUCCCUCGCCGCUCCCUACAUUCUCUCUGGCCUAGCUGAGAACGUCGGGCCAGCCAUUGACCAACCCUUUCGUCAUCUGGGCGUCUCCGACUCUCUCCAUACCAAGGACGUCUGGCAAUUUUUCAGCCUGGCGGAUUCGCCUCCUUGUGAUGCUUGCUCCUGGAGCUAUGAAGCGCAUAUGAAGACCCCACCAGCCGGGUACGCGGGACCUGCGGACCAUACAUUUCCCCUUAGCGGUGCCAGUUCCGAAUCACUGCAGAGCGCUUCUUUCCCGAAAUGCUAUCGCCGCUCAAUGUUCAUGUCCAAUCGGGCGGAUCACGGGCACGAGGAGAAAUUGCCGCUUAAGAUUUUGUACAUGGCGAUAUGCAUGCCUACAUCCUAUGUCCAAAGACGUCGACGCCGUAGUAGUUGCAGGGACUGUUACGGAGGUGGCUACAGCCCGUACGACAGUAUUCAGUAUCAGCCACCAAGUACAGUGUACACGGACCUCGAUCCUGCGCGAGGAAUGUGGAGCGAAGCUCCAAGCGAAGUACUGCGACUGGAAAAAGGACAUCUUAUUCUUAUCUUGAUCUUACAACAUCCACCCCCAUCUCGGUUUCUAAGCCUCAUCAUGUCAGAACCCGAGCUGUCGAAGGCUCCUGUGACGCUACCACCUGAAAUAUGGGCGCAGGUCAUUGUCAAGCUUCAAAAACCGCUUCCUCCGCCCAGCGGGAACAACGAGCGCAGAUCUAUCCGCCAGCCGGAUUUGGCUGUCGCUAUGCGUGUGAAUAAGACGUUCAACCUCCUCGCCUCACCCCUCCUCUACUCCUCCGUCAUCUCCGACUACCUCCCUUCCCUCCUCGCCGGCCUCAACAACUCCCCCGCCGCUCGAGGCCUCUCCUCCAAGCGCAAGCUCCUCGGCCGGAUCGGAAAGCUGUACCUCGAGGAGCUGCUCGUCACUGGGCGUGCCUUCUUCCCCAUGAUAGAAGGCGGCAGCAUGCGGGAAAAGUCGGAGCUGGUCGCUGCGGAAAGCGACUGGAUGGCUGAGGGGUUGGAAAGGCUCAAAGCGGUCGUACCGGAUCUUCGCUCCAUCUCUACCGGCGCGUUCCUCGACUACCAGCGGCGGGAACGGUACGACGCCGUCAAUAUCCAGCCGCCCAUACACGACUUUGAGAAUCGUCUGCUCAAAGCGCGCGGCGCCCUAUCUACGGCCGGAGGCGGGGCGCAUCUCUGCCAGCGGGUCGUUUCCGGUCCGCUCGCCUUCUCGGGUCUCGCGGUUCUGAACGCCGAUCCGAGCGUCCGGCCGAUAUACACGGCGCAUACGGAUAUCCAGACGGGCACGAUCCCGGUCGUCAUGGGCUGCCAAGCCAGGUGGUAUCUCUUUGAUUGGGCGGAUAACGGCGGCUCGGAAUUGCAACAUGGGAUCAACGUCCUAUCCUCGUCCAUCGCCUUCCAUGCGGUGGAUAGGGUCAUGUCAUGGCAGGCGAUGGAUGGAGGAGCGGGCGUGUGCCCAGAUAUACCGAUAUAUGUCAAUAUCUACCUCCCCGGGUCGCUGGCGUCGCCGGCGGUAUUGGCGGGUAUGGCGGAGCAUCUCGGACCAAAGAUACGGACAAUGUACGCUCGCAUCGGCGUGCCCGCUACGCAGCAUACCAAGGAUCUAUGGCGGUUUUUUAGACUCGAGGAUGCCCCACCGUGUACGGCGUGUCCGUGGAAGAACGAUCUAGAACUGUCCAGUCAGAUGAGCCCCAGCUUUCGACCUGCGAUCCCAGAUCUUCCCUUCCCUCUGGCUUGUCACGCGAGAAGCUCUGGGGCGCCUGGGCAGAGCGUGAGGUCGUGCCUACCGGAUGGAACAUAUACAGGAGCCUUCUUGUAUCACAGUACGUGGAUGCACGUCCUUCAUCUGCUGUUGCAGCAAGACCUCGGCGUCGAACGCAAGCUCAUGGCCAGAACUAUCUCACUCCCAGCCGAGGUCUGGCUCAAAGUCUCAGUCCACCUUCAACGCCCCACGCCGCCUCCUACGGGGAAGAAUGAGCGGAGCUCGAUCCGGCAACCGGAACUCGCUGUUUUGAUGAGAGUGAACAAGAUCCUCAACAACGUCGCCGCUGCCCUCCUCUACGACACCGUCAUCACCGACGACUUCCUAUCCCUCACUUACGGUAUCGAUCUACCUCCCGUCGCCAAAGAUAUCCCCUCGAAGCGCGACCUCCUCUUCGGCUCAAGAAGGCUCUGCCUUGAAUACUGCUCGAAGGACGAGCCCACGUACAACUCCUUACUCCGGAACGGCGGCGCGACCUUCUACCUCGUCGGCGGAGACGCUAGCCCCCUCAUGGUGGGGCUAAAUAUCAAGGCAGAGACCGACAGGCACGCCGAGGCUUGGCGGAGGUAUAAUGUCGCGUUGGCGGGGAUGGCGCGGUACAGGCCUCCGGCCAUCUCCACUGGCGCGUACCUCGACCCUCAGAGCGAUCUUUAUUGGAAGGCUAUGCGUGUGAAGGCGCCCGUCCCUGGCCUGAACGAGUCCGAGCUUCAAGCGCAAGGCGGACUCACUCCGCGUGCCGCCCACGCUCCGACAUGCCAGCGUGCCGCAUUCGGGUCGCUCACCUUUGCAGCGUUCGCGGUCGCCAAAGGUACCGUUCCCAUGCAUGUCGCACACGUCAACCUCCGUAUCAGUACGGUGGCGAUCUGCAUGGGCGGCCGCAUCUCUUGGUAUCUACCCUUUGAGCUCGGUCUUCCAGACGGAGAUGAUCCUUCGGAUCCGGGGACAAUCGACGCGGUCGGCCAAUUAUGCGAAUCGGUCGCGAGCGCAGCGGUGGACCGAGCACACAAGUGGCUGCGGAUUUUGUCGGAGCAUGGGGCCUCCAGGCUGGAUCUACCGACCGACACCACUAUCUACUUGACGGGAUCGCUGUCCACCCCGUUGGUACUAGAGGGCCUAGCGGAACACGUCGGUCCGGAACUACUCAAGCUAUACAAAAUCUUUGGCAUACCUCCUACACGCCAUACGAAGGAUAUCUGGCGUUUCUGCAAGAUGGAGGAGGCGCCCCCUUGUCCAGCCUGCCAUUGGAGCUAUGAUACGCACGUUGUGCACAAGGUAUCAGUCGCGUCGGACGAGUGUGCGACGUUCCCUCUGCAUGGUUCGUUCACUCCCUCGUCUCGAGUAGCUUUGGCUGAUCAUAGUGCUGAGAGAAGCUUAUGUACGGGUGAUACAGCGGACUCGAGAUCGGUUUGGCAAGUCCUAGCCCGGUAUCUCGACCUCUUCGAGAGACCGGUACAGGCGGGCAGGCGGAUGGCCAACAGCGAGCGCACUGAAGGUCCAGUUACGCUACCUCCAGAGAUCUGGACGGUAGUGAUAGGGCACCUUCGUCGACCGCUUCCUCCACCUACAGGAAACAAUGAGCGCAGCUCGAUCAGACAGCCGGACCUCGCUUCUGCAUUGCGGGUGAAUAAGGUCAGUAGGCUGCCGUGUGGGGUCUGCUGCUGGAAACAUGUAGGUGGGAGUGGCUGUCAGCCUCUCCGGCCUAUGAGGGCAGAACAAUCCCCUCCGAACGGCGCACAUUUUUACGCUAUCGCAUCCCCUCUCCUCUACAGUGUCAUCGUAUGCGAUGAUCUCCCCACCCUUCUCUACGGCACCAAUGUCCGUCCCGCUGCCUCUGGCCUCCAAUCCAAGCGCCAACUUCUCGGCACCACCAAACGGCUUGCUCUCGAAUAUUGCUCCAAAGCCGAGCCCAUCUACUCUACCAUCCUCGGCCAAGGGCGCUCAUGCUGGUCUUUCGUCGGCGGAGCAGACCCUCGGGCCAAAGCGGAAUAUAUCGGAGCGGAGUCGGACUGGCUCGGUGAAGGAAUGGAGAAGCUCAAGGCUCUGGUCCCAAAGAUGACUGCCCUCUCUACCGGAGCCUACCUCGAUCCUCAGAGGUUGAUGCGAUACGACGCGAACCGGAUCCAGCCGCCCGUCCCCAGCCUGGACACAAGGCAGCUUCAAACUCGGAGCGUGCUGUCUACCCUGGGCGGCAGCGCGGAUAUCUGCCAAGGCGUCGCGUCCGGCCCGCUCGCCUUCGCCGCCAUUGCCCGCGUGGGCGGCGAGCCGUCGUCCGACGACCCCGUCUUCACUGCGCACCUCGACCUCGGUCUCGGUCAAAUGCCAAUCAUCAUGGGUCGGAUCGCUCGGUGGUACCUCCCCUUCGUCGGCGGGGAUAUCGACAAUAUCAGCGGGCCGGAUCCCGGACCAGAACAGGCGGUACAUCGGAUCUCGUCUGCUGUUGCCGGUCAUGCGGUGGAUCGAAUGGCGGCGUGGCAGCAGAUGGGCGGUGGGUCGGGGGCUAUGCCAGAUCCGCCUAUAUCGGUGCAUAUCUAUGUGUCGGGCUCACUGGCGGCGCCGGCGGUGAUGGCGGGAAUGGGAGAGCAUCUGGGCGGAAAGAUUCGGCAGCUCUACACGCGGAUGGGCGUGCCCAAGACACGUCACGCCAAGGACGUCUGGAAGUUUUGUCGGAUCGAGGAGGCGCCACAGUGCAAGUCUUGUGGGUGGAACUAUGAUACCUACCUGGCAACCAAAUCUGGCGAUAGCGCGGAACACAAAAAAGCUCGGUUCCCCCUUGCUGCGAUGAAUGCGGCGUUCCAGGACAUGACGCAGCGUGCUAUGAGGAUGCAUGGCAAUGCUUGA